CCGAAUUAAAGGUAACACACUGUAUACAUACAGACGGACGGACGCGCUACGGGAGUUUGUAGUGUUUCCUUCUUAAUAAUCGUUUUAAGUAGUUUCAUCUUCUGUCUCGUAUCUUCAACGUAAAAAACCCACAGAAAACCAUUACUGUACUCAAUAAUUUUGUUUAAUAUCGAGAACACAGUAGUGUAAACAUUCAUUAACAAUUUUAUUUUUUCGCUUUUAUGCUUGGACAUUUGCAUUACGACAGCUGAAAUCCUAAAUUUAAAGAUACAGGUCGAUUACAACAUGUCAUCAAUGAUAUCACAUGGAUUUAAAAGCAGUAAACAGGACUUCAAUUUUGGUCCCUGGACAGUGACCGCUGCAAAGACUCACAUUAUGAAGUCUAAAGAUAUCGAGAGAUUAGCGGAUGAGAUGCAUGUGCCGUCUCUGCCAGAGAUGCUGUUUGGGGACAACGUGCUACGCAUUCAGCACACAGAUGGUUUUGGGAUUGAGUUUAAUGCAGUUGAUGCUCUCAAAUGUGUCAACAACAUGCAAGACUCUGUAAAAGUGGCUUGUGCACAAGAGUGGCAGGAAAGCAGGGCUGACUCUGAGCAUUCGAAAGAAGUGGUUAAACAUUACGACUGGACAUUUACAACAGACUACAGAGGGACUUUACUUGGAGAGCACAUAGAAAUGAAGGUAAAGCCCACCACAGAAAGAAUUGACUUGGAGAAGCUGAAGACACGAGAGCAGAUCAAAUUUUUUGAGGAUGUACUUCUGUUUGAGGAUGAGCUGCAUGAUCACGGCGUGUCUAUGAUCAGUGUGAAAAUUAGAGUGAUGCCAACCAGUUUCUUUGCUCUGCUGCGGUUUUUCCUGCGAGUGGACGGAGUGCUGAUUAGGAUUCAUGACACACGUCUUUAUUACGAGGCUGGAAAAAACUACAUGCUUAGAGAAUUUACAGCACGGGAAAGUAAAAUGUCAGAUCUUCAGAAUGUACCUCCAGCCGUUUACACAGACCCCAAUGAGAUCGCACAGUACUUACCACUAAAAUUCACAGAGUGUGAGAAACUCACUUUUCCAGAGAGAGAGACCGAAUCUGAGUCUUCAUCGUCUCAACAGUGAUGCCCAACAAGACAACAUCACGUCUGACCCACUAAAGACUCACACUCAUCAUGUCUGAUAUUGUCAUGUCAACUUGUUAUGGAGGUGUUGUGUUCUGACUUAAUGUCAAUUGUGAAAGGAUUGUAAAUGUGUGCCAUGAAAUCAUUCAGACGGGAACGUUUGAUUCGGAUGUGAAUAAGGAUUUUUUUAUUAAAAACUUUAAAUGA